UGGGGCCGCCCCCGGCCUGCGGACAUUGGGUACCACAUUGUCAAGCGGCACCCUGGCCCAACUAUAGUCAUUGUACCUCGUGUGGAGGGGGCCAAACCCAUACUGGACAAAUGGUUCCAUUCUCGGGUCCGUCAACGAGCGCAGGGCCGCCGAGUUUCCCGGCAACGCAAGGCCAAUUCACGGCCCAACCUCCCCCCUCACAGCAAGCAUCUCAGGCUAGUGUGGCGGGAGGAGGAGGCCAAGGGCAAGGAGGACAGGGCAAUGGUGGUCGGGGACAAGGAGGCCGAGGGGAUGGCGGACGAGGCCGAAAUGGAGGGGGACGUGGCGGUAGGUGGAACAGCCAAGGGGGCCAAGGCCAAGGUGAUCAGGGCAGUCAGCAAGGAGGCCAAGGGUAUGGGAGACCCCGCUUCGACUGGCGGAACGCGACCUGCUGGCAUUGUGACAUUGUAGGCCACACGAUUCGGUUCUGCCAGCAACGGCGGGAUGAUGAGCUUGUGGGCCUGAUUUCCUCUUGUAUGGAUGGGGAUAUAUACGACAAGUGGGGGGAGCACAUUGACCCCAGGACCCCGGGAGGGAUCAGGCAGGAAGCCCUCAGGCGGGCAGCGGCAGGGCCAUCGGUCGCCCCGGCCAUGUUUAGAAUGUGGCAGGAGAGAGAAGACCCGUCCAUAAGAAUCGAAGAGAUCACGGGGGAUAGUGAGGAGGUUACGCAACGAUUAAAGGCCGGGGCCAUAAAGGAAGAGCCGAUAAUUGUUGAGUCGGAUGAUGAGGGGAGAGAGGAUGAAGGGGAGCCGGUCGUAACCACCCUGGGAAAGAUGGAAGAUUUGGUGGAAAAAAUGAGGAGGUACCCACGGAGGCUGAAAGAGUUAUGCGAUGAAGUCCAAGGGUGGAGAGCCGACCUCCCAAAGGUCUUCCUCUACGAGACCGGGCCGGGGCCGGCGGCUGGACAGCAGAGUAGUCCUAGGGUUGCCAUAGCAGGGUCUGGCCACAGGUCAGGGAUGAUGUUCAGGCCGCCCACCCCGCAUAGGCGGGCGCCGCAAGCGACUCAAACCAGGAGCCGAAGUAAGGGGGGCCCUAGUCAGCCAAGAAGCCAAGUGCCAAGUCAGGCACCCCCACGGAAGAGACCUGAGCCUGAGCGUAGAAAGGAGGUGGUUGAAGUCCAGGAAGAAGAGGAAGAGGAUGACGACACGGAGGAUGAGAGACUCCGUCAGGAGGAGGAUCGGCGGAUGGAGCAGAGAGCUCAGAGAAAAGAGGCGCAGGAGAGAGUCGAGCCAGGGACACAGGAUGGCGUGCCCAGGAAGAGGAAAUACACCGUCAGGCUGGAGGAGGACUUCGAUGUGGAGAGGAUGGUGGACCGACUCCUUGAAGGUCAUAACGACCUUAUGAACUUAAAAGAUAUUCUGACGUCCGCACCAAGACUCCGGGAAGAGUUGAAAGGGCGAUUAUCAUUCAUGUGCAGAACGGAGACCCUGAUCUUCAACAAGCACGACGGAACGAUGAUAUUGCUCCUGAGUGAUCCAACUUGUGGGAACUAUGAAGUUGUCACCUGCCGGAACACGGGGCGAGGAAGCGAGCGAAAUAGGCCUAACCCCGACUUGUUCACCUAUGUGGAAUCGGAGAACGAGCGGCGGAGGCUCGCGGAGGAGUCCGAGGAGGAAGGCAGGGCGGAGGUGCUGUCACUAAGCCUUAUGGAUGUAAGUAAAGCUAUGGAGAUUGUGGCGGCACAUGAGAUGGCAGACCCGGAGGCCAUCAAGGCAUUGAGAGAGCAUGUCUUGGAGAGCCCACAGGCAGGAGAGGUGGAACUCAUCUAUCGACUUUCUGGAGGAAGAAAAGGGUUUGCGAUGGCACAGGCGCAGACGACAAGCCGACCUCUUUUAGGGGACGGCUUAAGCAGGGCGCCCAAAGAUGGUACAAAACGUUGUGUUAGCUAUCCCAUAUGGAUAGCACCAAGAGGAUAUGAGCGAAAGGCCGACUUAGUCCUUAAGCCCUUUCAGGAAGAAGAUCCGUGGGGAGGCAAGGACACUCAGUGGAUGAUGAAGUUCGCACUGACAGGGACACAUGGCUUGGUGGAGGAGGUGAGGACAAUAGAGGAAGGGCCUACUCAGGUAGAGGAAUAUGAGCAGCUAAUGGGAGGGAUGUAUCUGCUCACAAAUACACUCAUGCAAGGGGACUUCGACCAGAGAGGCUUGUUUAGUCAUGAGGAAAACGAAAUCCUGAUUCCGGAAAGCCAGGAUGACGAGUUCGAAGAAGGGGAGAUUAAAGAGGCAUUCCGGGUGAAGGAGUACGAUGGGAUCUAUCUUGAGCUGGGUCUACUUCUAUCUUGUGAAAAGAGAGACAGGGAUGCUAGCGACAAGGCGCAGAAGAUAAGGCACCUCUACGUGGUGAGAGAUGAGCAUUUGUUUAUAAAACGGCAGGUUGGGAACCCCAAGCGGAUUGUGUGCAGGAGGAAUCGACAAUUGGACAUCAUAGCGGCAUUACACGAUGGUAUAGUAGGUGAGCACAGAGGGGUGAGUGCCACGUGCGCAAAGAUAAGCGAGCUCUACCAUUGGGCUGGAAUGUUGACGAUGGUCAUCAAGUACUGCCGAUCCUGUGAACCUUGCCAGGAAAGGUCUGACUUUUUGAAGGCAGUCAUGCAAAGGGGCGGGCGGGGCACGCGGCCACGACAGAGACCUCUCGGGGCAUCCGGAGGGGAGGAGCGGCAUGAGCCCACACCCGUGUUUGAUGACGACAACAUCGAGCUCUUCUUGGACGCCUACCGAGAGCAUGCAGCCCAAAGAGGAUGGGACGUGUCUGAGAGGGUGCAUCACUUGAGGGGAGUUGGGAGGUUCGAGGAGCCCAUUGAGCAAAUCAGGGAGGAGGCUCUGACUUGGUCGGAGAUGGAAGCGAGGAUGCAGAGACUAAGAGUUUUGCCUUUAGGGAGGGAUGGGCUACCUAUUCGCUUGGAGGAAGGGAAUGUGGAGGAGUUCAUCCCGGCAUAUGAACAGUAUAUGAGCAAUCAGGGGGUUCCGAUGGAUGAGUGGGUGGAGUUCCAUCAAGUCACAGAGGGUGACCUACUGGGGCCUUCGCCACAGACACCAGAGCAGAGGGAGAGUGAGGUACCAGCAGCGCCAUUUAGGGGCCUGGAGGCCCACUUGGACGCGUCCCAGUGGGAGGCCCCUUCACCAGGAGAGAGCCCCACGGACCCAUCACGGCGAGGGCAGACUCGCCCAGAGCCCAAAACAGAGCCGCUCAGAUUGAAGGGGGUAGGUGCGGAAGAUGUCAUUGUGGUGGAAGGUGAUACUCCCCCUGACUCCCCAACUCGAGCUCAGACACGGCGGUCCUGGCCAGAGGGCGUCGCGGAGCGAGACAGCCAGGAAGCCCCAGUACCAUCACCAGAGGCCACUAUGUCACCCACGCAGGAGGUUGAGGCGAGAGGGCCAAUGGAGGGGUGGAGGACGGAGCCCCGCCUGGUUGUCGACUCACGUUUAGCCACGCACGCAGCCGAGCACCCUGACAUUGAGGAGCCCAGCCUGGUUGGGCCAUCAUCGCGGCCAGCGGGUGCUGAGCUAGGGGAGGAUUCGCAGGCUGCGACUGGGGAAGUCGCGGAGGCAGGCACAGGAAAGGAGCCAGACAAAGCCGCCCAAGCAAAGCAUGCUAGGGUACGAGCUCGCCUUGAGGAGAUACAUGAGCGAAGGGACAGGAUGGAGGCUGCAGGGAUAGCCCCAAGGCCACCAGUCGCCCCAAAGACAAGUGAAGAGAGGAUUGGCGAGUUGUGGGCCAGAUAUGAGGGGCAGAGAGAGGCAGCUCGCCAGAGGGCACGAGAGGCGGGCCAGGCAAUUGAGGGUGCGGACGAGGCGAUAGAGGUUGGGGAGCUGGGUUUUACCGCCACUAGAAAGGCUAUCGAGUGGGUGGACAAGGAGAUAAAGCAGACAUCCAUCGAGGCCUUUCAAAGGUACUCCCUGCUUAGUGAUGAGUUGGCCCUUAGGAAAGACGAGGUGGAACAGCUGACGGCCCAACUCACAGAGGAGAGGGCCGAGAGUAGGGCCAGGCAAGCUCGCCUGGAGGCGAAGGAGGCUGAGUGGGAGGCAAAGCUCAAGGAAAUGGCGGCCGCAGUGGAAAGACUUACCUCCACCAAGGUGAUCGACUGGACUGAGCAGAGCAGGUACGGCAUCCAAGGCAAGGAGGUGCAAGGGUUGUUUGGCCAAGAGGAGGCAACAGAGGCAUCUCAGCAAGAGAAGUUGGGGAAGGUAUUUUUGGACCCAGCUGAGGCAGAGGCAAGGAAGGAAGCCAACAACGGAAGCUUUGAGUUCAAGGCUCCCACUGAGCUGGCUUCACAGCAGGAGGCCGCUACUUCGGCAGAUGCUCCUAUGGAGGCGCUGACCCAAGAACCCCAACCUGCAUCAGUAGGAGAGGGGGAGGCAGAGGAGUCACUGACAAUCCUUAUGGACGUACAGGAAGGGACUCUCACUGGAACGAUGGAGCCUCCACGAUUUGAGGCACAGGGGGAGGAGCCAUCCCGCUUGAACGAGUUGGUUGCUUCCAUGGAAGUGGAUAUGCCGCCAGAGGAGCCUCGGAAGCGGAGGACCCCGGAACACGAGCCAGAGAUGGGGGAAUUGAGAGCACAACUAAGCUCAUGGGCGACUGGGACCGAGUCGGGAGGACCGACUACUGAGCAGCGACAGCAGGAGGCCACGAGCCAGCCUACUAGAGCCACUACUCCCUAGGCUCCGAGGCCCAGAGAGGGGGAGGAGGAAGCCAUAUUGGAGGUAACCCGCGAGGGCCGGCCACUGAGAUU